CUGUUUACGUCCAAUCUGAGGGGGUCGGAGAAGCUGCAGUUUGAUCAACGAAAGUGCUGCUUGUGUAAACACCAUUUAGCGCCAUAGUAUGAGGCUUUUUGGGGGGGACAUUUUGUACCCGAAAGUCCUCCCAAAAGCCGCAUAUAGCCUGACUUAAAUCAUGCCGUGAUGGAUUAAGUGUUUAUUCUUCGGACAGCACGAGCUGGGACGAGAGACUUUGAUGCUAAUGCUAGCUAGGAAAGCAACUUAGGUGUAGGGGUUGAAUCAGCCUUACCGCAGCGACAGUUUCUGUCUGUCGUUGGUGUUAGCCAUCAGCUGUCGCUGGCUACUGCUGCUAGCUCAUGUGUAGCUAUAGUUAUUGCCUCCCAGUCGUGGAAAAAGUGUUCAGGUCCUUUAACGACUCUUGUGGAAGUUUGAGGUCCUUGAGGGAUUCUCAAAGCAGCAUGGCUCCCAAAGACAUCAUGACCAACUCCCACGCCAAAUCCAUCCUCAAUGCCAUGAACUCGCUUCGCAAGAGUAACACGCUCUGCGACAUCACUCUGAGGGUGGAGAACACAGACUUUCCCGCACAUCGGAUCGUCUUGGCUGCCUGUAGUGACUAUUUCUGUGCCAUGUUCACCAGUGAGCUUGCAGAAAAGGGGAAGUCUUUUGUUGAUAUUCAAGGACUGACUGCAUCUACCAUGGAGAUCUUGUUGGACUUCGUCUACACAGAAACGGUGCUCGUCACGGUGGAAAACGUGCAAGAGUUGCUGCCCGCAGCUUGUUUGCUUCAGCUGAAAGGAGUCAAAAGGGCCUGCUGUGACUUUCUGGAGAGCCAGCUCGAUCCCUCCAACUGUCUGGGAAUUCGGGACUUCGCCGAAACCCACAACUGCCUGGACCUGAUGCAGGCGGCUGAGCUCUUCUCCCAGAAGCAUUUCUCCGAAGUGGUUCAACACGAGGAGUUCAUGCUGCUGAGUCAGACGGAAGUCGAAAAGCUCAUAAAAUGUGACGAAAUCCAGGUGGACUCAGAGGAGCCGGUGUUCGAAGCUGUGCUGAACUGGGUGAAACACAACAGGAAAGAGCGAGAGCCGUACCUCCCCGACAUGCUGGAGUUUGUCCGAAUGCCCCUGCUUACCCCCCGCUACAUCACGGAUGUCAUUGAUGCCGAGCCUCUCAUUCGAUGUAGCCUGCCGUGUCGAGACCUUGUUGAUGAGGCCAAGAAAUUCCACCUCCGACCAGAGCUGAGGAGCGAGAUGCAGGGACCGCGAACUCAAGCCAGAUUAGGUGCCAAAGAAGUCCUGCUGGUUAUUGGCGGCUUUGGCAGCCAGCAGUCACCUAUAGACAUAGUGGAGAAAUAUGAUCCCAAAACUCAAGAGUGGAGCUUUCUACCUAAUAUUGCUCGGAAGCGGCGUUACGUUGCCACGGUUUCCCUACACGAUCGAGUCUACGUGAUCGGGGGCUACGACGGCCGAUCCAGACUCAGCUCUGUGGAGUGCCUGGACUACACCGCGGACGAAGACGGCGUGUGGUACACCGUCGCCACCAUGAAUGUGCGGCGAGGACUCGCAGGAGCCACAACGCUCGGAGAUAUGAUAUAUGUCGCUGGAGGCUUCGACGGAAGCCGCCGGCACACCAGCAUGGAACGCUACGAUCCCAACAUUGACCAGUGGAGCAUGCUGGGAGAUAUGCAGACGGCGAGGGAGGGAGCUGGUCUGGUGGUGGCGAGUGGGCUCAUAUACUGUCUUGGUGGAUACGAUGGUCUUAACAUCUUGAAUUCAGUGGAGCGGUACGACCCUCACACGGGACACUGGACGAGCGUCACACCCAUGGCCACGAAGCGCUCUGGAGCUGGCGUGGCUUUGCUCAACGACCACAUUUACGUGGUGGGAGGCUUUGAUGGCAUUUCACAUCUGGAUUCUGUGGAGGUGUACAACAUCAGGACCGACUAUUGGACUACUGUAGCCAGUAUGACCACACCUCGGUGUUAUGUCGGCGCGACUGUGCUCCGAGGGCGACUUUACGCCAUCGCAGGGUAUGACGGGAACUCUCUCCUCAGCAGUAUCGAAUGUUACGACCCAGUUCUCGACUCCUGGGAGGUCGUCACUUCAAUGGCAACCCAGCGCUGCGACGCCGGUGUCUGCGUCCUUCGAGAAAAGUGAGCUCACGUUGGAGGGCGAGCAGACAGGAGGACCUUUCUUACAAGCAUCAGAGCCACAGAGACGUAUGUAAGAUGCAAACAGAAGCUCAGAUAAAUCAAUAAAAACGUGCCGCAGCUACGCCUCCAGAG